AUGCCUUUGAGUGAUAAUUUUAAUGAUAAUCCACAGGUUAUGCUUUCAUAUUUCAUAUUCGAAUUUCGUCAGGGAUCAGAACCGCGCAUUGUCAGCCAAUAUAAAUAUGAUUUAAGCGAUUCUUUCGAUGAUGGAUUUUUAUGGUACAUCGUUUCAACUCCAAUCACGCAAGAUUAUAAUCCACUCGAUAGCGCAACAUCAUACUUUUAUUCAUCGUACGAAAAUAUCUACUUCGCAUGUUUCAAUUUGAUUGUUCCGGACGUCCAAGCUCGAGGAUUUUCAAGAUCAUUCGGUAUUUGCUUAUACAAUACAAAGAGGAUUGAAGACAAGCUAAUAGAAACGGGAUUAGCACAGCGAAUUUCGGAAUUAUUAACUGAAAUGAUCCAAAAAUGCCAAGAGAAUUUUAAAACAGAAGUCUCACAAUAUCUUGGCUCAAUAAUAGCUACAAUCGAUGCAUUUCAAGAUUCUGCUGCAGUUCUUGAACAGAAAUAUAAAGAGGCUACGUUCCUACUCAAUGGUAGAGAAAUAUUACCAGAUAAAUCUCAAGAAGCCAAAACACCUGAUUAUUUCACUCAAAUAAACAACGAUUUACGAGCUAUCGAAAAAAUUAUUGACUUAAACGAACUUACAACUAAACUUCGUGUUAUUUUAGGUGAUUUCUAUCGUUCACAGAUAUCAUGCCAAAUAAAAACCCAUGCUAAAUACGAAGAAAGAUUCCCAUUCGUCAAUUUUGGCCACAUAAGUGGCGAAAACUAUUCAGAUUUCCCAUCAUUUGUCUUAGAAAAUAGAAAAGAGCUUAACAAUGACAGAUAUUUACUCAUUAACCUUGUAAAACCAAAAAUUUUGCAUCAUAUCGCUUAUUGUCUUUUCUCUGGACACUCUUUGGUCAUAGAAGCCAAAAGACCUCAAGAUUUACAUCUCCUUGCGAAGAAAAUGUCCUUAUUUGUCCCUCAAUUUACAGAUAGACAUAUUCAUAUUUUCGAAACUCCAAUUACAUCAGUUGAUGCAUAUCAAUAUUCGAUUGUUGUCACUCCCCAGUUCAAACGAGACAGAACAGAGAACAUUUGCAUACUAAAUACUGAUUAUGGUUAUUAUGAAGGUCCGAUUUGUCCAUGCUCGUCAUCCGUCUACAAAUUAUUUGAUUUUACAGUGUCUUCCGAGUCCUCAUUUCUUCUUGUUGCGUUUGAAAGAGUCAAAGAUUUUUCAUACCAAAUUAUUAAACUUUACGCAUCGUUUUCAAGAGAUGUUCCGAAAAAUGCGACAAAACUGCGUGAAUACCUGGGUAAACUUCAGAUUUCUGAGGCAGAUGACCAAUUAUUAAGAUUCAUCACACAAUCAAUAGUUUCAAGAGGUGAUUCGAAGGUAUUAUUGCUUAAUAACCCUACAUUUGCGGCAAUUGGUAUCAUUGCUUACUAUGAUGGAAAAUAA